AUGGCCACAAGACGAAGCGCCGCCGUGGCCAGCGACGACACGGCGUUGACGACAACUCCAUCAUCACCAAAGGAAGUGCAGCGAGCACCGCGAUCAUUCCGCGCCAUGGUUCCUCGUAAGGCGAAGUUCCCUCUCGCGAUCGCGACAAGUUUUGCGAUGGCAUCAUUGGGAUACAGCUUGAUGAAUGAGCUUACCAACGGCGAGCUCGCUGCCCUCAGCAGAACUCAGGAUACAUGGGAAGAGGUUGCCCUUCUGGCUGGUUUCAGAAUUGUUGAGUUGGCCUUUGGAUGGUAUGGCAAGUUGGACAGCUUGGAUGUUGCCAUGAUGGAUCUACUAUCUCACGGUCCUCACUACUACUUGCUCACGACUUUCUACGGUCUCAACUGGACCACAGCAAUCUCGGCACUCGCUAUUGACGUUGUCUCGGUCGCCGUGCCCUUUUACCUACUUCGCCCGCUUUCUACCUACCACACGUCUUCGUCUGCCGCCGCUGCAGGCCUGCCUAACCGCGAGCUCCUCGACCCCUGGCUUCAGAUGUACACGACUGCCAUGGCAACAGGCAUCUACAGUGUGGUCCUGAACCUGGCUCUGCGUUUCGUCCUGCCUCGCAUCCUGGUUGUCAACUACUCCGGAGUUAGCACUCUCGAGCCUGCCUACAACGCUUCGUACGCUGCUAUUCUCCCCGUGACAACCUUGUUCGGUAUUGCCGCCAGCAUUUUUAUCUUUGCGCCCUUCGCGACAACGGCACCUGCCAAGGAGGAUGACAAGAUCACCGAAUUUGAUCCUGUGGCUGCGUCUCUCGGAGAGACCGUCUGGUGGAAUGUGUGGGGUUACACUGUCAAGACCAAGGUCGUUAUUCGUCGAACAGCCAUGAUUGCCUUUGUUACUGCGGUCAACACGUUCCUUGCCUCCUACAAGACCAUGUAUCGGGUUGAUGCCAUUGGAGCUGCUGCAUAUGCAGGCGUCUGGACAUUUGCCGCCAUCUGCAGUGGUAUUGGUUUGGGAUUCGUUGGCGGAGAUUAA